ACUAUUUUUUCUCACUCAAUCCAACCCCAAAAACAUUACAUUCAUUUAUUGUCAUAAUUAAUUGCCCACCACCAAACCAAACCAAACCCACUCACUCACUAACUUACUACUCUUUCAUCAGGAUCAUCUCCACUACUAUUAUUAUUCACUCUCUUCCAAUCUCUAAUCUCAUCAUCGAUCAACAAUGAAGGAUACCGAUUCACUGCCUCUGCUCAGGAGAGAAAGCCCCCGACCCGUGACCCGCUUCUUCGGUAAGAGUUCGUACAAGUUCUGGGUAAUAGCUGCGCUUCUGCUACUCGCUUUUUGGUCCAUGUUUACUGGCUCCGUUACUCUCAAGUGGUCAGCCGGUAACCUCUCUCGGAUCUAUGAUAACUUUAACUCACCUACUUACGACGAUCUAGACAUUCUGGAAGUGGAGGAGCGAGUGAAGGUGGUGAGGCACAUGUGGGAUUUGUAUACUCAGAGUAGAAGAACUCGAUUGCCUCGAUUUUGGCAAGAGGCUUUCGAAGCUGCUUAUGAAAAUUUGGUCAGUGAUGUCCCUGGCGUCCGAGACUCUGCCUUCACCGAGAUUGCCAAAAUCUCCAUCCUCACCAAUAAUCUUGAUCCAUUCCAUAUUAAAUCAACGGUCAGUGUAGAAUCGAACAAAAAGUCUAAGCCUGCAGAGAAAAGAAAAGAGUUGAACUUAAAACCAUCGAAGUUGGUGGAUCCCAAGUAAUUUCUAUAUGUUAUGGGUUAUACUUACACAUUGAGUUGGGUAAUUAUGCCUAGACUGUUACUAGUCUAAUUCCCAGUGAACCCAGAAAAAGGAUUUGGGUUUUCAAUUACUUCUUGUAAUAUGAAUAUUGGGUCAUACUUUGUAUUUUAAACAAGAAAAUGUUUCCCUUAAAAAAAUGUGAAAAGAUAAUUUAUUUAA